AAGCGUCUCCUAAGAUUGUUAUCAGAUAUUCCAGAGAUUUCCCACAAAUAAUGGCCUUGUAUUUUUCAAUUAGGUAACAAUGGCAACUACCCUGGAAAAGUCAGAUGAAUACAAAAAUAAGCGUAAAAAGGAAGCAAAGAAUGAAACUUCCGGAACUGCACAAUUGAGUUUUUUUGAAAAAAAUGAUCCAACUCCUGAAAGCUCCCAGAAAUUUCAUAAAAGUGAUGUUUUGGAAACCAUUUUAAAGGAUACAGGCAAAGAAAUCAACACUCUAUUAUCGAAGUAUGCACAAAUUUUGAGUGAGAGAGCAGCAAUGGAUGCUUCAUAUGUAGAGGAUUGAAGGAAUCCUGAAAGAAGCUUGCUCUAUAGAACAUCACUUGAAGUUGAAAAGAGAGAAUCUAAGGCACAGUUUUGCAGCAAUUGCAGGCCCUCUACAAAAUGAAGAGGGUGUAUCUGGCAAAUGAUUUAAGGCAUGCAUUUACUUGUUCUAUUGUAUUGGGGGGGGGGGGGUGCUUUUAACUUCAAUGACAUUAUACUUCCUUUUUUAUUGAUUUGGAAAGUAGUUCACAAUUUCAAAACAGCAUAACUUAAAAGGAGCCUCAGUAGUUAUAAUUCAAUUAUAAAUAAGAUGCUGGUUUAGAACAGUUAUGUAGGACGUUUUCUAUGGAAAGGCCUAUUAACCUUUCUUUGAAUGACAGAAUGGAGAAAAAUCUGGUGGGCUUCAUCUAAAGUAUGUCAUUUCCAGUGACGAAAAUAAUGACUUAUUGACUUAUUUUGACAGAUACUACAUUACACUCAUUGGAAUUUCAUUUCCAUAGGAAAAAGUUAUGUCGCUGAGUCACAGUGAAAUCUUGGCAUAUAACCCUUUAAUUUUGGCUGGGUUGUAUACGUUAUAUUUUGAUAAAUAUAUAUAAGACUAAAAACUUGUUUUCACUAAAUAGUUUUAGAAAAUGAUGUUUUUCUUUCCUUUAUUUUAUUUUGUCCCUUUGGAAAAAGAAUUCUAUUUUAUAAUGUUGGUGACUUAAAAUGAAAAUAAAAUAGAAAGGAAGAACAUUGUAAUAAUGUUCUUAUUUUGCUUGUGCAUUAUAGACCUUGUCCCAAAAUAAAAUCAUGCUUUGAUGUUAAUCUUAUGGGAUAAUUACUAUAUACAUAUGUAUAGGUAUUAUGAUUAAACUGUUCAUUAUAUUUCCACAUCCAACAUGGUUCCCUUAUUUUUCAUUGCUUUUGAACAUCUAACUGCUACUUUUCUUUCCAUAAUCUGUUUCAUGUGUUAGUGGGUUAGGGCUGAACAUUAUUUAAGCCUCAACCUGCAAUAUCUGAUCAGAAUAAUUUAAUAAUUCCUCCCAUCCUAUUGUUAAAGGAAAGUAUCCCUAAUAGAUCAGAAACAGCUUUCAAUUUGUCUGGUCAGUUUCAUGACCAAGCUUAAAUCAGUUUCACAUUGAAUACUUUUGUUGUCGUGUCUGGUGCAUUGGUCAGAAAAUGAAUAUUUUAAUUACUGUCCUAUUUGUGAAUGGUCACUAAUCACAUUAGUGGCUGAGAGAUGACUGUAGUUCACACUUGAAAUAUCAGGUGAGAAAUUCCCUCAGUUUCUUUUGAACAAUAAUCCAAGUCUCGGCUUUUGUGCACCCAGACAUGGAUCAAAACAAACAGAAGGUUUAAUUAAACACGUCUUGCAAAGUAUUGUUUAGAUUUGCCUCAUCUUUAUCCAAACACACACUGUUCAUACUUUUGCUUGUAGGGAAAUGGUUAAGUUUGAAGAAGUUGGGCUAUUUUUAGGAUUGUACCAGAAUAAUUGAAGGCAUCAUUUCUUUGGACCUGCAGCAAAAUAGGAAUAAUACAAAAUCAUGGAAUAUAAUUGAUGUGUUCCCAGGACAUAGAUCUUCACCCUAGAGCCUGUGCAUAAAGACGACUAUGGCUGAAACAGAUUUAAUUACUAGUAUUUAGCAGCUGCAGCAGACAAAGCUGCUGAAGACAGAGCCCGUAGCAUGUGAUGCUUUUAACUUAGUAAAAUGUAUGUUGCCUUGAACUUCUGAAGAAAAGGCAGAUCUAGCAGCACAACUUUUGCCCUUAGUUUAUUAGCGUCUCUGCUGUGGCAAUACUGAGGUUUGGCUGUAAUAAACAUGGAGAGGAACAGUGAAUAUUUAGGAAACGUUUAGGCAGAAUAAAAAGAAAUGAAGAAUUGUGGGCAAGUAGUUACUUCCUGUGGAGUCUUAGUUUUUCUAAAUUGAUAGAAAAGUUGUAGGCAAAAGAGAGAUGGAAACUGCAACCUUGUAGACCUCAAAGCAACAUCUUCCUCCUCCAGGCAUUGUUUUUUUACACGCUUGGCUUGCCUGGAGGAAUGUGUUACCCACUUCAGAAGCAAACGACUGUAAGAAGGGUUUUGAUUUCCCUGGCAGGAAAGACAGAAGUUUACGAUAGUAGACAAAAAUACACAGCAGGUGGCUGGCAUUUUUCAGGAACUCUCGCCCACCAACUGAACUGGUUUCCCUGUGGUUUU